AUGGCUGGUGUUGUUGGAAAGCUUGAGGCAGAAAUGGAGGUGAAAUCAAAUGCAGACAAGUUCUGGAGUUCUAUCAAGGAUUUUGCAACCAUAUUCCCAAACACUUCACCAUCUAUUUACAAAGGCACUCAGAUUAUUCAGGGUGAUGGCAAGGCUCCGGGCUCCCUCAUGAAAGUAACUUUAGACAUAGGCCAUGAACUUGAUGUAAAGACAGUUACAGAAAGGAUUGAAGAUGUUGAUGAUGCAAAGAGGACAAUAAUUUAUAGUGUGAUUGACGGUGACCUCCUUAAGUACUUGAAAAGUUACAAGGGAUACAUUAGUGUAACACCAAAGGGGGAUGAUAAUGGAAGCAUUGUGAAAUGGUCGUGUGAGUAUGUAAAGGCUAGCCAAGAGGUUCCUGAACCUAUUUUAAUAAAAGAAUUUGCUUACAAGAUCUUCCCAAAUGUUGAUGACUAUCUUCUUAGCAAAUAA